CUACUGUAAUGUUGGUGCAUUAUCCCCAUUUUACAGAUAAAGAAACUUGCUUUUGGGGAAGUUAAGUGAAUCAACAUUUUAACGAGGCUGUAUUAGAACCCAAGUCCCUUGACUCCAGGGUCUAGGCCCAUGCCCCACCCUGGCCAGAGUUCGUUGUGAGAGAUAACUCAACCGCAGGGGCAAGAGCAUUGUGGCACCAGGGACCUGGAGGGGAAGUGGUAACAGGCACGGAAGGCCAGACCUCCUCACACUCACUCAUCUGUGAGAAAGUACAAAAGCAAGAGAAAGCUGGCUUGGGGUGGCACUCAACAGGUGCUCUGAGUGGCACCCACGGCCAGGUCCUGGGAGAGGACAGAAAACAACUGGGACUCCUCAGCCCCCGGCAGCUCCUGGUGCCCAGCCACCCACAACACAACCCAAAGCCUUCUAGACAAGCUCAGUGGAAUCUGAAGGGCCCACCCCAUGGAGGAAUGCUGGGUGACAGAGAUAGCCAAUGGCUCCAAGGAUGGCUUGGAUUCCAACCCUAUGAAGGAUUACAUGAUCCUGAGUGGUCCCCAGAAGACAGCUGUUGCUGUGUUGUGCACUCUUCUGGGCCUGCUAAGUGCCCUGGAGAACGUGGCUGUGCUCUAUCUGAUCCUGUCCUCCCACCGGCUCCGCCGGAAGCCCUCAUACCUGUUCAUUGGCAGCUUGGCUGGGGCUGACUUCCUGGCCAGUGUGGUCUUUGCAUGCAGCUUUGUGAAUUUCCAUGUUUUCCAUGGUGUGGAUUCCAAGGCUGUCUUCCUGCUGAAGAUUGGCAGCGUGACUAUGACCUUCACAGCCUCUGUGGGUAGCCUCCUGCUGACCGCCAUUGACCGAUACCUCUGCCUGCGCUAUCCACCUUCCUACAAAGCUCUGCUCACCCGUGGAAGGGCACUGGUGACCCUGGGCAUCAUGUGGGUCCUCUCAGCACUAGUCUCCUACCUGCCCCUCAUGGGAUGGACUUGCUGUCCCAGGCCCUGCUCUGAGCUUUUCCCACUGAUCCCCAAUGACUACCUGCUGAGCUGGCUCCUGUUCAUCGCCUUCCUCUUUUCCGGAAUCAUCUACACCUAUGGGCAUGUUCUCUGGAAGGCCCACCAGCAUGUAGCCAGCUUGUCUGGCCACCAGGACAGGCAGGUGCCAGGAAUGGCCCGAAUGAGGCUGGAUGUGAGGUUGGCCAAGACCCUGGGGCUAGUGCUGGCUGUGCUCCUCAUCUGUUGGUUCCCAGUGCUGGCCCUCAUGGCCCACAGCCUGGCCACUACGCUCAGUGACCAGGUCAAGAAGGCCUUUGCCUUCUGCUCCAUGCUGUGCCUCAUCAACUCCAUGGUCAACCCUGUCAUCUAUGCUCUACGGAGUGGAGAGAUCCGCUCCUCUGCCCAUCACUGCCUGGCUCACUGGAAGAAGUGUGUGAGGGGCCUUGGGUCAGAGGCAAAAGAAGAAGCCCCGAGGUCCUCAGUCACCGAGACAGAGGCUGAUGGGAAAAUCACUCCGUGGCCAGAUUCCAGAGAUCUAGACCUCUCUGAUUGCUGAUGAGGCCUCUUCCCAAUUUAAACAACUCAAGUCAGAAAUCAAUUCACUCCCUGGAGGAGAGACAGGGGUCUUGGCACUCUCUUCUUACUUAAACCAGUCCCAGGCACCUAGACACGGACCCCUUUUUGCUGAUGAGUGUUGGGACUGACUCCUGGAAGACAGCCUGGCCUUGCCCACCUGCACACAGUCUGUUGGAUAGGUAGGGCCACGAGGAGUAGCCAGGUGGGCGAGACACAAAAGGCCUGGGACAGGCUCAGUACAAGUCAGGUUAGGCUUCAUGCCUGCAUCCUCCAGAGACCACAGGAGCCAAAGCGAGCCUCCAGGCCCAGCAAUGAGGGACUUGGGAGAAAUCUGAGAAGAAUGGGUUGUUCUCUUGGGAAGUCAGGGUAUCAGAUGGGAUGGACAUCCGGGUCUUCUCCCUGCCUAAUUGUCAAGGCCUCCUUGGCUCUGGAGCUAUGAAAGGCCCCACUUUCAAGUCACCCUUGCCACUGAGGACCGAGAACGAUGCUAUGAUGAGGAUUAAGGUGUUGACUUGCCUCUUUCAGAGAUAAAUGACAAGCCUUCAGUUUGGGGCAUCCUGUUGUUUGGGCGAGGACCCUCUCUGAUAUUCUGAUAAUCCCCACCUGUAACCUCAGGUCCCUGGAAAUACAGAGGAGGCUGGGAUCGCCUGAGACACAAAAAUCUUUGGAGAAUUUUCUUGACCCUCUGAAGUCCUUCCAGCAGCAGUCCUGGUGGUGCUGCUGGAAGCAGGCAAUGUCCUAGUCUAACCUAACUCGAAGAAAAAAGGAAGAUAUUCACAAAGAUUGUAUAAAUCCCCAAACUGUUCCCCUAUCUGCCCCCAAUUCAGCUCCCUUGCCUCCUCCACACCCCUAUUACAUAUAAUAAGCAGAGCAAGUGGGAGGAGGGGAAAUGUCCUUCCUAUAUGCCAGGUAUGGGGCUGACAUUUCAGUCUAUUGACCCCAGCUAGAAUAUAGCUCCAUGAUUUUAAAGAUCUCAGGGGCCAGGCAUGGUAGCUCAUGCCUGUAAUCCCAGCACUUUGGGAGGCCAAGGCAGGUGGAUCACCUGAGGUCAGGAGUUUGAGACCAGCCUGACCAAUAUGGUGAAACCCUGUCUCUACUAAAAAUACAAAAAUUAGCAGGGCAUGGUGGCAGGCACCUGUAGUCCCAGCUACUCGGGAGGCUGAGAUAGGAGAAUUGCUUGAACCCUGGAGGCAGAGGUUGCAGUGAGCCGAGAUUGCACCACUGCACUCCAGCCUGGGUGACAGAGCAAGACUCUGUCUCAAAAAAAUAAAAUAAAAUAGAUCCCAGGGUACUCAUUUUUCAUAUGAGGGAGGCUGGGUUCCUCCCAGAGGAGCCUAAAACAGCCAACAAGAGAAAUUGUUGGCGGCAGGAAGAUUGCAGAGGAAUUCUAAUGCAAUUAUUUGGGACCUCAAAUGGAAUAAAAUGAAAGAUAUUGGUUAAA